AUGGAGGCCGAGAUGCAGAAGCAGCGUGCCCGUACACUUGACAUCCUCGCAGAAAAGGAAAAUGAAUUGCAAGUUACAAAAUCGAUACUGGCAUCGGUAAGAAGCCAACAAAAUCUUGAUCCAAUGGACCCGGCACAGGAUGCAUUACCCCGAUCAGUGAAUUAUCGGAAAAGCUCUUCGCGUGACAUUGGGGAUAGCAGUGCACCUUGUGCACAGCGACGUAGAAGCGCUGAAUUUCGGUCUGCAGCUGAUCGUUCGUUGAGUGAUGCUGGCUCGUAUUCAAGCGUAGUCGAAGAGCAUCGCUUAGGUAAACUAAAAAAGCACCGAAAUGCUUGA